GAUAGGUGCGAUAUGUGUGGAAAACAAACGUAAUCUUACACGAAUGUAUGUAUGAAUUCAUCUUCCUGUUUAGGUGUUAGUACGUGGCAUGAUCCACGAAUCCCCUAUGAAUUUAGCGGGAUCAACCAAGAAAAUCUCGGUCCAUUGCCAACUGGCUGGGAGGUGCGCUAUACAGGAAAUGGGCGCGCCUAUUUUGUUGAUCACAAUAACCGCACCACGCAGUUUACCGAUCCCAGACUGUCCCGGAAUCUGGCAGCAACACUGGCUGACAUUUCUCCAUCAACAUCUACAGAAGACUUUAAUUUGCCGAAAUAUCGACGCGAUUUGAUAGCCAAAUUACAGUCAUUCCGGACGGAAAUCCAGAAUAUUCAGCCGCAAUCAGGUCACUGCCGGUUGGAGGUCUCUCGUGAGGGCAUCUUUGAGGAGUCUUACCGGCAAAUACUGCGCUACCGGGCCAAAGACCUACGGAAACGGCUAAUGGUCAAAUUUAAAGGCGAAGACGGCAUCGAUUAUGGCGGCGUGACCCGGGAAUGGUUAUACCUGCUUUCCCAUGAGAUCCUCAAUCCGCACUACGGCCUGUUCCAGUAUUGCCAGGAUGACAUUUACCAACUACAGAUCAACCCUGAUUCAGCUGUGAAUCCGGAUCACCUUUCCUACUUCCACUUCGCGGGAAGACUGAUUGGAUUGGCCGUUUUUCACGGGCACUAUAUUGAUGCCGGGUUUACCUUGCCGUUCUACAAAAUGCUUCUUGGCAAAUCGAUUGCCCUGGACGAUAUUGAGAAUGUCGAUCCGGAACUGUUCCACAGCUUAAUGUGGAUUUUGCAAAAUGAUAUCGAAGGAAUUUUGGAUUUGACCUUUGCGGUAGAGCACAGUGUAUUCGGUGAACUGCAAUCCCAUGAGCUUAAACCAAACGGCAAACGUCUGCAAGUCACGGAUGACAAUAAAAAGGAAUAUGUUCGGCUUUAUGUGAACUGGCGUUUUAUGCAAGGCAUCGAGCCACAGUUCCUGGCACUGCAGAAAGGAUUCCACGAAUUAAUUCCAGCCAACCUCCUACGACCUUUUGAUGAACAAGAAUUAGAGCUGAUGAUCUGUGGUCUGGGACGCAUCGACGUAGAUGACUGGAAAACGAAUACCCGACUAAAGCACUGUACAGCGGAAACGCCGGUUGUACAGUGGUUCUGGCAGGCGGUGGAAUCCUACAGUGACGAUAUGCGUUCACGUCUGCUGCAGUUUGUUACCGGAAGCUCCCGGGUUCCGCUACAAGGGUUCAAAGCACUGCAAGGCUCAACCGGUGCCACUGGACCCCGAUUGUUUACCAUACAUCAAAUUGAUGCAAACACUAAUAAUUUGCCCAAAGCGCACACAUGUUUCAAUCGAAUUGACAUCCCUCCGUACGAAUCUUACGAGAAACUGUUGGAGAAGCUCACUUGUGCUGUGGUGGAAACCUGUGGUUUCGCUGUGGAAUGAUACCGGCCUGUCAAUAAAAAUCAAGCAGGGACCGUUUUUGUGCAACUUUCUUGCGAAACCCAGUGGCAUCUAAAUAUGUCUUUCGGUGCCGGCAUGUUGGUUAUAGCACUGCCAGCAACUCUUACAAAGCUGGGCACGUUUUAUAAUACAUUUAUUUAUUUUCGAUACGAUUUUUUUAUUAUUACACAACUCUGGACUUGUUAGUUCUUGGAUCUCAAUAAUCUUGACCUUAUGAAUGGAUCAUAAUACUCGCAAUAAAGCCAA